GCGGGACUGAGCUUAAUUAAAAUUUUAUAUCCGCGUAGAAAGUUGAAGCCCAAGUCAACCGAAACUCAAAAAAUCAAAUCCGGCCUGUACCCGGCGGAGCCCGACGUUUGAACACGUCUAUUGCUAAGCAACCAAAAAGUGGCGCCAUUUCACAUAUUAACGCAACCCCUACUCCCUCUAGCGCACAGUACACUGCCACUCAGAACUGCUCUCCAUCAACUCCUCUGCCGUUACACGUUGACUUUCCUCUUCUCCUUCCCACGCUACUUGAAGAAUUCACUACGUUUUACUUGUCUGCCGUUCCGCUCUCCGGGCAACAGAACGCUUUCUGCCCAUCAGUAGCAUCAAUGGAUAAUAGCAGCAGUUCAACCUGUACACUGAUAUUAUCAGGAUAUUCAGCUGUAGAGAAUGAAAUCGCACAAUCUCUGAAGCAAAGUAGCUCUAUAAAACACCCUGACGAUGACGAAAUUACUUUACUCCUGGAAUCGGAGAUCUCUAUACCAGAAAAAGAAAAUUCUUUCGAUCAGCAACUUUUCUUUAACAAUCUUUCUACUAAUCGAUUCGGCAGGUUACUUAUUUGGUCUCCGCGGUUAACUUCCACGCAGGAUUUCGUCUCACACAAUUUCUAUGAGCUUCCGAUUGGUACUGUUUGUGUUGCUGAUACUCAGUCUAAAGGGAGAGGUUGGUUGGAGGCUUGGGAAUCUCCAUUAGGUUCUCUAUUGUUUACUUUUAAGGUUGAAAUGGUGGACGUGGGUGCAGCGAAUAAGUUACAAUUUGUAAUUUCUUUAGCAGUUACUGAGGCAAUAAAAGAUGUUUGUCAAAAAAAUGGCUUACCAGUUCUAGAUGUUAAAAUAAAAUGGCCAGCUUAUCUUUACUUAAAUGGCCAAAGAGUUGGUGGCAUCCUAUGCAAUUCAACGUAUAAAUCAAAGAAGUUCAACAUCAGUGCUGGUAUAGGUUUGAACGUUGACAAUGAGAAACCAACAACAUGCUUAAAUGCUGUACUAAGAGAAUUAUCACCUGCUGCAUCACAAUUAAGAAGAGAAGAAAUUCUUGCAGCAUUCUUUAAUAAAUUUGAGAGUCUCUAUGAUCUUCUCAUAAAUCAAGGAUUGCAAUCUCUUGAAGAGCUGUUUGACAGAGCAUGGCAUAGUGAUGAUAUCGCAUUUUUUAAAGAUUAUCUCGGAGAAUUUUCCAACAACCUUAGUGGGACAUCAGGUGAUAGUGAGGAACUUGCUAGAGGAGAAUCCUUCACGGAACAGAUGGAAGAAUUAGGAAAUGGAGAAUGGCUUACACUGUUCGUCAGUUUAAUUCUAGAGGCUUUAUCUGCACUUUUCGAGCAACUAAACCAUGCUUUAAUGGGUAUGAUUCUGGCAAUUGUUGGCUUGCUUUCUUGUAUAGGUGAGCUUAUUUAUAGGGCUAAAAAGGAGCAAGUUUAUUGGGAGAACAAGGGCUUACAUUCAUGGUUUUAUAGCCACUAUCCAAGUUACAGAUUAUUUGGAACCACCAUCGAGUAUUUUCAAUUAGUUGUUGCAUUUUGGCAAUCGUUCCAUUCUACCUUAGGCUACUUAUAUGUUCGUCUCUUGUAUAAGAAAAAUCCCAUUAACAUGAGUGUCUCAAUGUUGCUCUUAUGCUUCUGCCUCCUCAUCUCUAAGAUUAUAAACAAGUACUUAGGACCAAACCCUUCGCGGAGCCAUGACCUCUGAACUAGUUUUUGUCUAUUUCUGCAAUCUUCUUUCAUUUUGAUCUCAAUUCCAGUAGUUUAUGUAUUAAUCUAACAGUUUUAUGUAUUUCUUUUCUCAUGCAAAACCUUGCUUGUUUGGACUGUAGCUAUCACAAUAUAUGAUAUUAUUUCUAUUGAUCUCU